GGACUAUCACCUUUCUAAACCAGCAGUAAACUUUAUUUCACUUCGAUGCUACUAGGAAUAGUUAAACUGUGCGUACCUGUAUAACUAGUUUGCCUUCCAAACGUCACAAAGACUGCUCUCAAAGCCAAAGCUUCUUUGAAACAGUUCGAGUUAUGACUUGAUGCGGGAAAAUCCCAAUGAAACUGACUCAAUUAGGCCUGAUCUGUGAUGAAACACUUACGCCUCGACAAGCAUCAAAACAACUUAUGACGCUUUUCAAGUGAUUUACUUAAUAGUACCACUCAGCCGUGCAACUAAUAAUGAGGAAUUAUCUGCAGUUCUGCGGCAUUAUAUCAAGGUCUGAAUAAAAAGGUUUGUUUUGAUUCUAUCGCACGACCUGUCUUGAAAGUUAUUUCGACGCCUAUUAUAAAAUAGAGUCUUAACAAAGGAGACUGUACAAAAGGAUAAAAGUGCAGCGCAUAUUUUCGGGUGAUUUAUCCAGCGCAACGAUUUUUUUUUUAAAGUACUACCUGCUGCAUCUGAAAAGUACCAUCUUUGGCUGGCUGGCAGGCAAACUUCGGCUCCCGUGCACAUGUAACAUUAUAUCGUACGGGUUAGGUAUAAGGUUUGGCAAGGGUAGGGAGCUUUAUAUACAUCUCCUCCAUAACAGAGUGCAACGAUUUCUGUGCUUUGCAAAGAGGCGAUCCAAGGACCAGGGACUGUCAACUUUUUACCAAGAUAACACCGAGGCAGUAUACAUACGAGCAACUUUCGGUGGCGAAUAAAGCUGCAGUGACAAGGUCAUCCACUCUUUGGUGAACUUAAUGAUGUAAAUGGUGCAAACUUGAGCUUAACAGUAAAGACACGUCAUCGACCAUGUCCAUGAGUAAAUCAACGCUUGACUUCAUUAACGAGGAAAACUCAUCCGUUGAGGAGACGACGCCACUGGCGCCUUCGAAGCCCCCAACGGGCAAGCGGAAAUCUCGUCGCCUGAAGGUGCGGGAGAAGAUAUGUUAUGGCCUUGGAGGAAUGCCCUACCAGCUUACAAACACAGUCAUCGGGUUCUAUAUCUCUGUCUUCUUAUUAGACACAGCUCAGAUCAAACCAUCAUCAGCUAGUGCUGUAAUAUUCGCCGGUCGCUUCUGGGAUGCCAUCACCGAUCCAUUCGUUGGUUAUCUUGUUAUGAAAACAGAUACACGAUUUGGAAAGUUAAAACCAUGGAUGUUAUUUGGUGCUCCCGCCGCCGCGGUGCUCUACUUCUUCAUCUGGUUCGUACCAGAGUUUGACCGGGAGCCUUAUCUGAUGGCCUGGUACCUUCUGUUUUACUGUGGCUUUGGGACAAUGCUGUCGCUAUACUACAUGCCAUACUCAACUUUAACGUUCUAUCUCACUGAAAGCCAAGCAGAAAGAGAUUCCGCCACGCUUUAUCGAAUGGUUUGUGAGGUCGCAGCGAAUUUGUUGGGCAACCUCAUUAUGGGGCAGACGGUACUAGCCUAUACAAAGGACUCCGAGAGACCGAGUUGCGAUCACAAUACGACCUCCAACUCCAGCGACACCUCAUCAUAUCUCGAGCAAGAGGAAAAAGGUUACAGCGUCGGGGCACUGUGUAUCUGUAUAGUGUUGUUGCUCAGUUCUUUCUGUACUUUAAUUGGAACAACAGAGAAGAAAAUUAAGAAGAAAAACAAUGAAGAAGAGCAGAAUUUCAUGACAGGACUCAAAAUGGUUUUGACUUUCAAACCAUAUCUUACACUUAUGAUCUCAUUCCUGUGUCUUCUUCUUUCAGUUAUGACGGUCCAAGGAAAUUACGCGCUGUUCAUCAAGUAUGCAAUGGAAGAAGACGAUUAUCAAAACUUUAUCAUCGUUAUCAUAUUCUGUGGGUUUGCGCUCAUGCCUCUGUGGCAAUUAUUUUUAAAGAAAUUUGGAAAGAAGGCAGCUUUAUAUGUUGGGACAUUGGCAAACAUCCCUAUGUUCUUAGGACACGCCUUCCUCCCUCCUGGUAACGCUUGGGCUCUUUAUGUUUUCGGUGUAUUGGCGGGAAAUGCUGUCGCUGUGGUUAUGCUUGUACCGUGGUCAAUGGUUCCCGAUGUCAUUGAUGACUUCGUCAUAAAGACAGGAAAUACAUACGAAGCUGUAUUCUACUCGUUCUUCGUUAUGUUCACUAAGAUGGGAGCGGGAUGUGCACUGGCGGUUUCGACAUUAGCCCUGGGCGCAUCUGGCUACGAGUCGGGAGCAUGUGAACAGCCCGAGUCGGUCGCCUUCACCCUCCGACUUCUCGUGUCAGCCGUGCCCGUCGGGUGUACAAUCGUAGGAUUCAUCUCGCUAGCAUUUUACCCCAUCACGGAAGAACAGAGGAAAAAGAAUAAAACCAUCCUCGAAAUCUGGAGGGACGACAAAGAUGAGAGACGACGAACGACGGUACUACGAUCAAAGGAAGCUCGUGAUCGUACCCGAUCGAUACGAACAUACUCUACGACCGUCGUCAUGUAACAUCACAACAUACGUCGGCAUUCUGAAUUGAUAUACUAAAUGUAGAUUAAUUUCAUUGCAAUAUUCGAUGUGUUAUUUAAACCCAAGUUGUUCACCUGCAUAUAUAGGUUACGAAAAUACUUAGUGUAAUUUUUUUUUUUUUUGAGGGGGGGGGUGUAUUUUGCAGAAGUCGCAAUAUUAUGUAUAGCUAUGCAAUUUUAGACAAAAUAGGUGAAGGUCGUUAAAAAUAUAACUUGCUUUAAUCACCUGUAGAGUACAUUUAGAAUAUUGUUACAGUUGACGAAUAGUUUAAUAGGGAAUUAAAAUAGAGGAAUAUUCAUGGGAUCUUUGGAAAAUGAUUGAUUUUACAAAUACAAUGUCGGUAUUUCACUAAGACGACAUGGAUUUGUUCAAACAUCAGUAGAAUUUCUGUAAAAUUAUGGUCGUUUAUAAUAAUGUCAAGUUAAAAUCAACCUUGACGAGUAGUCGUUGGUGGAAAUAAAUACACAUUUUGUAUUCAACGAAUUUCGUCUAAUAACAAUGAAAACAAUUUAUUUUAAUAUUGGGAAUGGAGAAAAGCAUCGAAUAUAACAUUCCGUGUUAGUAUGAAAUGUUAUAUUCUCGUAUGAUUCCUCUAACACGAUUAUGACGAUCGAAGAGGUAUUUUCGUGAUUUGGAGGGGGUUUUUCUACAUAAAAGUAAGUUGUAUUUAGAUCAAAAUGUGCAACUAUUGGUUAUAUAAACCUAUAGAGUUCAACUUUUAAUCAAUGUUUUUUGUUUUGUUUUUUCGUAUAUAUGAUUUUGCCCUGUAGAUGGACUAUUGGAUAAUUCAAAGUGCUUUUUAAGUUCUAUAUUAUAUAUUGCUCAUUUUGUUAUCUUUACAUUGUAUUAUCGACGUAAAUUUAGACAGCAAUAUGGAGUUUUCGCUGCGCGAUGCAUGACGUAUUCAAGAACGCAGUAAAUGACAAAACAAAACAGCUGGCAGGUCUUUGUAGAAAAUUGGUGAAAAGAAACAGCAGUUUCGUCCAAAGUUUGAGCUGACAAAAAAUUGCAAAUCAUUUUAUCCAGAGUCCGGGAUGUAGCUGCUGUUUUGAUUCACCACUUUUGGACAAAGACUUCUUGGUUGUUCAUGAAGGGCAAUUGACAUUUUUCUAUGUUCUUGAUUCGUCCCGUGUGUCAUGGAGCAAAAACUCUCUAUCGAAUGCCCUAGAGAAAAUGAGCGGGUUUCAUAAGGAGUUACCACUAUGGUAACUUUGCCGUUAUAUCAAUAGAGUACCGAAGCGAUAACGUCAGUUGCCAUGGUGUCAUGGCGGCCUGGUUCUAAACAAAACUAAACCGGGGGCCGUUUCAUAAAGUAAGUCCAACCAAACAAAAGGUUGAUUUGAAUAAUAAGAAAAAAAAAACAUUGUUGCAUUGCAUCAAGUGGCCCUGGACUGUAUGUUGCCACAGCGUGAUGUACAAUCAUUGUACACAUAAUUUCCCUCUCCAGCAUUUUCCCAAUUCAAAGGCUAUACUUCAUAAUCCAAUCGAAUGUUUUUCCUUCUGUUAAGGGGGCAUUAUUGUCACGUAAUGUCCAUCAUAUUUAUUACAAAUUAUUUUUAUGAUGUAAAUAUUUCAAAGCAAAACUACAAAUAUAACUUCAACUUAGUCAUUUAAACUUACAGGUAUGUCUGAGCUUAAAUGCAUUUAGGACACGUAUAAAACAAGUAUGUAUCGAUUUACCUAGCUUUCUGUAGAGAAAUAUGAUUUAGACAUUUCAUUCACAUUUGUGAGGUCACAAAAAUUAGCUAUCAUUGGAGUUAUUCCCCGAUUUUUUUCUUAUAUUUUUUUCUUAUUUUCAGUUUCGUUUCUUCUCUCAUUUUGCUUUUUUUUAUUUUUAGGCCUCCAUCAAUAUAACAUUUCUAGCUUUAUAUGAAUGUAUCCUACAUUGUUUUGGUGAUAAUUUAUUGAUAAUCUUUGCUUAUUAUAAGUUACAGUGUACAGUCACAAAAAAAUGAAAUUUGUACAUUUUGAAUAUCAGUGCCAUUUUGAAUUUGUUUAUUUGUAUCUGGAAAAUAUGUUGAUAAAUGAUUAUGAAAUGUAUGGUCGUGAAAAGGCAGAAAAUUUAUAAACACACAACAUAUAUAUGUUA